GUGUGUAACCCUAACAAAAACGUCUAAACGGAUGUGUCUUAGCUUGUAUCACACAAUUAUAUAUCUUGAAUAUUACUAAAUGGCUACACACACCAAGAAAAAGAAAGAUAAAGCCACACAAGAGGCAUACAUACUAUAUCACGUCUCGUUGGCUCGUUGCAAAUGGAUGUCGCAUCGGGAGUGAGACCUAAGGGGAAGCAAAUUAAAUACAAGGCCAUUUUAAGUUCGUUACCAACAAAAAGAAGUCAUGAGGGGAAGACUUGGAGAACUACUGUGUUUAGUUUAUUUUCGCAUUACAACAUUUUAAUUUAGAGAUUGCAGAAUUGACACGUUUGACAUCUCUAACUUUUAUCCACUAGCUGCACGUACGCAAACAAAAUAAGUACAAAGGAUGUCACCUAACUUGUCCCAUGGCCUUAUUCAAUCCCAUCCGUCCAUCUUCCUUUUCUUUAGAUCCAACGGUAUUUUAUAAAACAAUAGCCUAAGCUUCCCAUGAACCCCAUGCACCUAUAUAUAACAUCAAAAGUCUAUACAUGGAGAGAAACACACAAAUAGGAAAAUGGCUUCGCCAAUGAGUACGAUUAAGGUGGCGGUUGUCUCAACCGUAAUCACCGCUAUGUCUCUGUUUGUAAUGUCUUGUGUUCCUACCGCACUAGAUCUCUCCUCAUCUCGGUUCCCAAUCCUUUGGAGUUCAUUUCUCUCGUGGCUGAAACCACCUUACCUCUUCGUCAUCAUCAAUGUUAUAAUCAUUACAACGAUUGUAACUUCUUCCAAGUACUUCCAGAGCACCGGUGUCAACCAAGAUUGUGAGGUGAAGGACGUUGAUAUGGAUGGUCAUUUCGUGGCCAUAUUUCCACCGCCGAUCGUCGUCACGGAUGUGGAUAGAUCGGAGGUUGUAUGUGAAGAGAAGGAGGAGGAGGAGAUUACAGGACUUAACAACGGUGGAGAUGAGCUUGUGAUGUUGACAUGGAAGUUGAAUAAAGUGCCUACGACGAUAACGGACGAGUCAGAAACUAAGAAGGCGCUGGUUUCGGCAAGAUUCAGCCACCGUAAACCGGUCAAAGUGACUUCAAAAGGUAACAACAGGAAGAAGGCGUCUAGGGUGGUGAAACCAAAGUGGCACGAGAACACGUGGAAGAUGAUGGUAACGGAGGAACUUGAGUCAACGCCGUUGACUCAUCAUUCCUGGAGCCCUGAGACGCUCAGACUUGGCGCCGGGGAGUCACAACCUGUCUUGAGGGAAUCGGAGACUUUCAGGGACAUUACUAAUAAUUAUCCAAUAUCUCCCACGGUGACGGAGAUGUCGCCGAGUCUGGAGGAGCUGAAUCAAAAAUUCGAAGCUUUUAUAAAGAAAGGUAAGGAGGAGAUGCUGGAUUCCCUGAGAUUAGACAAAGAUGUGGAUUCACAAGCCAGGCUUAUUAGCUUUUGAAUCUCGUAUACACAGCAAAAA